UCUCAAUAUCUUUAUAAGUUGCUCACGUUCUGGUAUCACUUCACAUGCAUCUAAGCAAACUCAAACACACACUUGAGAUUUUUUCUAAACACAGAAAAAUAUGGGUUUGGUCGGAUCAUUAUUCUCGUUCAUAGUCUUCCUUAGCUGUAUCACUGCGGUUUGUGGCCAAGGUACGAGGAUCGGGUUCUACUCAACCACAUGCCCUAACGCCGAGACCAUUGUUCGGACCACUGUGACAACUCAUUUUGGUUCAGAUCCAAAGAUUGCACCUGGUUUACUAAGAAUGCACUUCCACGAUUGCUUUGUCCAGGGUUGUGAUGGUUCAGUGCUUAUAUCAGGACCUAACACCGAAAGAACCGCUGGUGCAAACUUUAACCUACGUGGUUUUGAAGUAAUUGACGAUGCCAAGACGCAGCUUGAGGCCGCUUGUCCUGGUGUUGUCUCUUGUGCCGAUAUUUUAACCUUAGCCGCUCGUGAUUCAAUCGCCCUCACGAAAGGACAAAGCUGGCAAGUCCCAACAGGACGCAGAGAUGGACGAGUUUCAUUGGCAACGAACGUUAACAAUCUUCCUUCUCCAAGUGACUCCGUGGUUGUUCAACAAAGGAAGUUCGCGGCCUUCCGCCUCAACACUCGCGAUCUUGUCGCUCUCGUCGGAGGACACACGAUUGGAACAGCAGCAUGCGGGUUUUUCACAAACAGAAUAUUCAACACGACCAGAAACAGAGCAGAUCCAACCAUGGACCAAACAUUCGUACCAGACCUCCAAAGACUUUGUCCUCUAAACGGAGAUGCAUCAACCCGCGUGGAUCUCGACUUCGGAAGUGGCAAUACUUUUGACACUUCAUUCUUCAACAAUCUUAGUCGCGGCAGGGGAAUUCUUCAAUCCGAUCACCUUCUUUGGACUAAUCCAACGACUAGAACUAUAGUGCAAGAGUUUAUGGCUUCUAGAGACAGCUUCAAUGCUCAGUUUGCGAGGUCGAUGGUGAAGAUGAGUAAUAUUGGUGUGAAGACAGGGGUGAAUGGGGAAAUUCGUAGAGUUUGUUCGACUGUUAAUUGAAUUGUUUGAUUAGGCAAACCCGCACCCACCCCGCGGCGGGUCAAACGGGGCGGGGCCCGCGGGCAAUGAUUAAAAUUUCCAGCUCUAGGCAAACUUAUUGCCUCGAGUGUGUAUUAAUUUGUUUAGAGUGUGCCUUUUAAUCUCAGUACUAUGUGAUUACCCGCAAUAAAAAAUUUAUUG